AUGCAGAUCACCAGUGUUAUGCUCAGCCUUGCCAGUCUCGGCCUGAACGUUCUUACUGUUCAGGCCGGGCCUAUUCCUGGCGCUGAAGCUGCUCUGGCGGCGCGCCACGUCUAUUCUCCCGAUGUUGACGAAGCUCCUGUUGAGAAGCGCCAUGUCUACUCUCCUGAUGUAGAUGAGGCCCCUGUCGCUAAGCGCCACGUCUACAGUGUCGAUAAGGACGAGACCGUCGAGAAGCGCCACGUCUACUCGCCUAAUGUCGAUGAGACCCUCAACAAGCGUCACGUCUACUCGCCUAAUAUAGCCGAAGCCCCCGUUACCAAGCGUCAUAUCUACUCCGUCGAUAAGGACGAGGUUAAGAAGCGCCACGUCUACUCCCCGGACGUUAAUAAGACUCUUAAUAAGCGUUACGUCUACUCUAUUAAUAAGGACGAGGUUAAAAAGCGUUAUAUCUACUCCCUAGACGUUAAUAAGACUUUUAAUAAAUAUUAUAUUUACUUUAUUAAUAAGGAUGAGGUUAAGAAGCGCUACGUUUACUCCCCCGAUAUUAAUAAGACCCCUAUUACUAAGCGCUACGUCUAUUUUAUUAAUAAGGACGAGGUCGAGAAGCGUUACGUCUACUUUCCUAAUGUCGAUAAGGCCCCCGUUACUAAGCGUUAUAUCUACUCCGUUAAUAAGGACGAGGUCGAGAAGUGCUAUAUUUACUCCCCGGACGUUAAUAAGACUCUUAAUAAGUAUUACGUCUAUUUUAUUAAUAAGGACGAGGUUAAAAAGCAUUACGUCUACUCCCUAAAUAUUAAUAAGAUUCUUAAUAAGCGUUACGUCUACUUUAUUAAUAAGGACGAGGUUAAGAAGCGUUAUAUUUACUCUCUUAAUAUUAAUAAGGCCCCCGUUACUAAGCAUUACGUCUACUCUAUUAAUAAGGACGAGGUCGAGAAGCGUCACGUCUACUUUCCUAAUGUUAAUAAGGCCCCCGUUACUAAGCGUUACGUCUACUCUAUCAACAAGGACGAGGUCGAGAAGCGUCACGUCUACUCUCCUGAUGUCAAUAAGGCCCCUGUUGCUAAGCGUCACGUCUACUCUGUUGACAAGGACGAGGUCGAGAAGCGUCACGUCUACUCUAUCGACAAGGAUGAGACUUCUGCCUAA